GAAAAACUCACAGCAAAUUGUACGUCCAUCCAAGAUGGCGGAACUAUUCGCCAAGUACACCUGCACCAAUUGCCAAGAAGACAUUCCCGGAAUUCGUGUCCAUUGCGUCGUUUGUGCUGGUUUUGAGUUAUGUCUCGCGUGCUUCGCCGCGGGAGCAGAAAUCGGCCAACAUCGAAAUGACCACUCGUACCAGUUUAUGGACUCGGGAAUUCUAUCUAUAUAUCGUGGCAAAAAUGGAUGGUCAGCUCGGGAGGAACUUCACCUGUUAGAUGCAAUCGAGCAGUAUGGCUUCGGAAACUGGGAAGACAUAAGCAAACACAUUGAAACACGUUCACCUGAAGAGGCCAAGGAUGAGUAUGUUUCGAGAUUCCUCAACGGGACGGUUGGACGUCAUACCUGGUCGUCAGCCAUCGAUCAACGGCCACAGUUGACCGAUCAUACUUCGGAUGAUACGGGCCCUCUAGGGCAACUGUUAACUCAGAAAUUGCCUCCAAUGGAAUGCACGAACGAGGAGGCAGCUGUUCUAGGCUACAUGCCAAAUCGCGAUGAUUUUGAGCGAGAGUAUGAUCCAACGGCCGAGCAGUUAGUGUCCACUUUAUCGCUGCAACCAGACGAUGAAGAUGUUGAUAUGUUACUCAAGUUAGCACAAGUUGAUAUAUACACCCGGAGACUCCGUGAGCGAGCCAGACGGAAACGUGUCGUUCGUGAUUACCAACUUGUGGCAAACUUCUUCCGGGGCAAUGCAAAGCGAGCCCAAAUGAGCCGUGAUCAACGCGAAUUUCGUGAACGCUUGCGUACUUUUUCGCAGUUUUACACUUCGAAAGAAUUUGAGGAGUUGAUAAGCUCAUUAAAGCGUGAACGAUCUCUACGCAUAGGUCUUUCCGAAUUGAAUAGAUAUCGCUGGAACGGUCUUCAGCGCUUGGAUGAAGCAGCCCACUUUGAGCAGCAUGCUGCAGCCGCACAGCAUCGGAAUACCGGUCCAUACGGCCACGGACGUACGCUUGCAUGUAUAAUUGGUCCCAAUGGUCAAUCGAUUCCCGGCUGUAUAAGACAAAUUUUGACAGGACAACCGAAGCAAAGGCGCCUUAUGCGAGACAAACAAGGAAUCCUUGGCGUUGUCCAGCUCACAGAUAGUAAGAAAAAGCGAAAACGACGGCCGAAGCUUAAGUUCCACCGACCAAAGGCUCACGCACCACAUCGACGACCGGGUCUUCUCCGACGGCUCAUUCAACAGCAGAAACUUCUCGGAUAGCUCACGGGGAAUGGAUCCGUCGAGGCCUCAGCAGGCGAAUCAUCACAACAGCCUGCAGUCGCCUCCGGAUCCGGACUCCGGCGUACAGCUACUCACGUCAAACGAGCUGCAACUGUGCAACUCGCUCAACCUGCCAGUCACGCGAUACCUUAGCCUCAAAACCGUGUUGCUUAGUCGGCCUUUGCUCGACCAUGGCAUCAGUUCGGUUGCGGAGAGCAUGGUUAAAAAGUAUCUCAUUAAAUCCGGUUGGCUGCAAACUAGUCCGCAAAACUAGCUGCGAAAUAGACAUACGUUUCGGUAAGUGUUGUAAAAGCAAAAUAUGACGAUAGUUUCUUCGCAAGUUGGCGGUUACUGCGAAGGCAUCGGAAUGAAUUCUAAAUGGUUCUCAACUCUCUGAGGUAUCAACUCAUGCUGUGUGAUUUUUCGAUUUUAUCACGAACAAUCGCGAGUUUGGUUAAAUUCGAUUUGUAUACUUUACUAUUGUGUAUUCGUACAAUUUUAAUACAAAAUUCACCAGUCUCAAACAUGUAAAGCGUCUCAUAAGGUUUAUUUGAAUUUAAAGUACAAAAGCAGAACAAUGGAUUGUUCAAAUGUCAAUGUGGUACUGUUAUACAACAGCUUUGCGUGCAUCUCUCUGGGCAAGCACAUAUAGAAUGCUACUCACAUCAUCUCAUUCUGGAGCAUUAUUGUAGGACCCUAUUGCACUCUUAGCUAACGGAGGAUAGAAUAAUCGUUGCAAGAUAAUCGAAUGUGAAUAUUGCUACUGGGGGUAAAAUCGAAAAACCAUCAUUUAAACUUAAUAUACUGCCGAAAAGGCACUCUCAUAGAGUAAGGUGGACUGUGCGUUCACGGUAGUCUGGAUACAAUACUAAAUUGACAAUGAUCAUAGCAUGUAAAGGACAAAUUUCCUUGUGUUCAUAGAUAGUACUUUGCAAUUAUCAUUGUCAGCUGAUCCACCGUGUAAACAGCCAAACGUGGAAUAUUCCUAGCUAUUCGUAUUCAUGCGUAUAAUGUCGUCGAUAGGUAACAACAGGUUAGGGCAUAAUGCUAUUGAAUUUUUACUCAAUAUUGAAAUUAGUAAUAUACACCAAUAAUUUGCGUUUCGUUCAGGAGUGAUCUGCAUCGAAAUGCUUUUCCGAAUUUCGAUUGAACUGUAUGCCAUAACACACGGUGAUCAUAAUUCGAAACAGCGGUUUUGAUCACGUUGCUCCUGAACGAAGUGUAGGAUAGAGGUGAGUAUUUUUAAGCAGUGCAAACGUGUUACAGAUAGCUAAUUUAUAAAUAAUAAAUUGUAAUGAUUA